ACGGGCGGCACGAGCAGGUGGGAGCCGCGGAGGGGCGAGGCCGCCCGCGAGGGCGCCAGGCGGCGGGCACUGCGCUGCUCCCCUGUCCGCGGUGCGCGCUCGCGGUGCGCACCGGGCGUCCGCGGCUCUCGCGCGCCCCGCCUGCCCGGGCCCUACCUGCGGCGGCCGUCGGGGGCGCGGAGCCCCCAGCGCUGCCGAGCCGCAUGAACAAUAGGCGGCGGCGGCUCCUGCGGGCGGCCGCCCCGCACCCUAUGGACCGACCGCUCUAUGGAGUCCUCCAGAUCGCUUCUCGGCUGCCUGGCGAGCGCCGCUGCCGCCCCGCCGGGGGAGGAUGCCACGGGCACAGGAGCCGAGGAGGAGGAGGACGAGGAGGAGGCGGCGGCCGCCGAGCUGGGCUCCCACGCCGCGCGCCCUACUGGACGGCUGUAUUCGAGUACGAGGCGGCGGGCGAGGACGAGCUGACCCUGCGGCUAGGCGAUGUGGUAGAGGUGCUGUCCAAGGACUCGCAGGUGUCCGGCGACGAGGGCUGGUGGACCGGACAGCUGAACCAGCGGGUGGGCAUCUUCCCCAGCAACUACGUGACUCCGCGCAGCGCCUUUUCCAGUCGCUGCCAGCCCGGCGCCGAGGACCCCAGUUGCUACCCGCCCAUUCAGCUAUUAGAGAUUGAUUUUGCGGAGCUAACCUUGGAGGAGAUCAUCGGCAUUGGGGGCUUUGGGAAAGUUUACCGUGCUUUCUGGGUAGGCGACGAGGUCGCCGUGAAAGCAGCUCGCCAUGACCCUGAUGAGGACAUCAGCCAGACCAUAGAGAAUGUUCGCCAAGAGGCCAAGCUCUUUGCCAUGCUGAAGCACCCGAACAUCAUCGCCCUCAGAGGGGUGUGCUUGAAGGAACCCAACCUCUGUUUGGUCAUGGAGUUUGCUCGUGGAGGGCCUUUGAACAGAGUGCUGUCUGGGAAGAGGAUUCCCCCAGAUAUCCUGGUGAACUGGGCUGUACAGAUUGCUAGAGGGAUGAACUACCUGCACGAUGAGGCAAUUGUCCCCAUCAUCCACCGAGACCUUAAGUCCAGCAACAUUCUGAUCCUGCAGAAAGUGGAGAAUGGAGAUCUGAGUAACAAGAUUCUGAAGAUAACUGACUUUGGGCUGGCUCGGGAAUGGCACCGGACCACCAAGAUGAGCGCGGCAGGGACAUACGCUUGGAUGGCACCCGAGGUCAUCCGUGCUUCCAUGUUUUCCAAAGGCAGUGACGUGUGGAGCUAUGGAGUGCUGCUUUGGGAACUGCUGACUGGCGAGGUGCCCUUUCGAGGCAUUGAUGGCUUAGCAGUGGCCUAUGGAGUGGCCAUGAAUAAACUCGCCCUUCCUAUCCCUUCUACGUGUCCAGAACCUUUUGCCAAACUCAUGGAAGACUGCUGGAAUCCUGACCCCCACUCACGUCCGUCUUUCACCAGUAUCCUGGACCAGCUCACGACCAUAGAAGAGUCUGGUUUCUUCGAGAUGCCCAAGGACUCCUUCCACUGCCUGCAGGAUGACUGGAAACAGGAGAUUCAGGAAAUGUUUGACCAACUCAGGGCCAAAGAAAAGGAGCUCCGUACCUGGGAGGAGGAGCUGACCCGGGCUGCGCUCCAGCAGAAGAACCAGGAGGAGCUGCUGCGACGCAGGGAGCAGGAACUGGCUGAGCGGGAGAUUGACAUCCUGGAACGAGAGCUCAACAUCAUCAUCCACCAGCUGUGCCAGGAGAAGCCCCGGGUGAAGAAACGCAAGGGCAAGUUCAGGAAGAGCCGACUGAAGCUCAAGGAUGGAAACCGCAUCAGCCUCCCCUCCGAUUUCCAGCACAAGUUCACGGUGCAAGCCUCCCCAACCAUGGAUAAAAGGAAGAGUCUCCUCGGCAGCCGAUCGAGCCCUCCUGCUAGCCCCACCAUCAUCCCUCGCCUUCGAGCCAUCCAGUUGACGCCAGGUGAAAGCAGUAAAACCUGGGGCCGGAGCUCAGUUGUCCCAAAAGAGGAAGGGGAGGAGGAGGACAAGAGGCUCCCAAAGAAGAAGGGCCGGACAUGGGGACCAGGAACACUUGGGCAGAAAGAGCUCACCUCAGGAGAUGAAGGAUCCCCCCAGAGACGGGAAAAAACUAAUGGCUUAAGUACCCCGUCAGAGUCUGCACAUUUCCACUUGGGCCUCAAGUCCCUGGUAGAUGGAUACAAACAGUGGUCAUCCAGUGCCCCCAACUUGGGGAAGGGCCCAAGGAAUAGCCCUGCUCUACCUGGGUUUACCAGUCUUAUGGAAAUAGAGGAUGAAGAUGGUGAAGGCCCAGGAAAUGGAGAGAGUCAUCUCCAGCAUUCGCCCAACCAGUCCUACCUCUGUAUCCCAUUUCCUCGUGGAGAGGAUGGGGAUGGUCCUUCCAGUGAUGGAGUUCAUGAGGAGCUCACCCCAGUCAACUCAGCCACCAGUACCCCUCAGCUGACGCCAACCAACAGCCUCAAACGCAGUGGGACCCACCACCGGCGCUGUGAGGUGGCUCUGCUUGGCUGUGGAGCUGUUCUGGCAGCCACAGGCCUAGGGUUUGACUUGUUGGAAGCUGGCAAGUGCCAAUUGCUUCCCCCAGAGGAGCCUGAGCCACCAGCCCGAGAAGAGAAGAAAAAGCGCGAGGGUCUUUUCCAAAGGGCCAGCCGCCCUCGUCGGAGUACCAGCCCCCCUUCCCGAAAGCUCUUCAAGAAGGAGGAGCCAAUGAUGUUGCUAGGAGACCCCUCUGCCUCCUUGACGCUGCUCUCUCUCUCCUCCAUCUCCGAAUGCAACUCUACCCGCUCCUUGCUGCGCUCUGACAGUGAUGAGAUCGUUGUGUAUGAAAUGCCAGUCAGUCCAGUUGAAGCUCCACCCCUCACCUCGUGCACCCACAACCCUCUCGUUAAUGUCCGAGUGGAGCGCUUCAAGAGAGACCCAAAUCAGUCCCUGACUCCCACCCAUGUCACCCUCACAGCCCCUACACAGUCAAGUGGUCACAGGCGGACUCCUUCUGAUGGGGCGCUUAAGCCAACAGGAGCCCCCGCAGCACUAGCGAGCCGGAGCCCCUCCAGCAAUGGAAUGAGCCCCAGUCCUGGGACAGGAAUGUUGAAAACUCCCAGUCCCAGCCGAGACCCAGGUGAAUUCCCCCGUCUCCCUGACCCCAAUGUGGUCUUCCCCCCAACUCCAAGGCGCUGGAACACACAAGGGGACUCCACCUUAGAGAGACCCAAGACCCUGGAGUUUCUGCCUCGGCCACGUCCUUCUGCCAACCGGCAGCGGCUGGACCCUUGGUGGUUUGUGUCCCCCAGCCAUGCCCGCAGCGCCUCCCCAGCCAACAGCUCCAGCACGGAGACGCCCAGCAACCUGGACUCCUGCUUUGCCAGCAGCAGCAGCACCGUAGAAGAGCGGCCUGGACUCCAGGCUCUGCUCCCUCUACAGGCAGGGCCACUGCCCCCCGCUGAGCGGACGCUUCUGGACCUGGAUGCAGAGGGGCAGAGCCAGGAUAGCACGGUGCCCCUGUGCAGAGCAGAACUGAACACACAUGGGCCUUCCCCCUAUGAGAUCCAGCAGGAGUUCUGGUCUUAGUGUCAGAAGGGUCAGGGUGGGCAAGGGGGACACCGGAGGAGAUGGAGGGAGCUGGCUGGCACAGCCCUGUCUCGGUUAGGCCCCCUGGGAUCCAGACCUCCUCCUUGCACUGAGAAUGCACUUUGAAGAUGGAAGGGAUGGAGACAGGGCCAGCCACUGCAGAGGGUCUCCUGCCCUGCAGGAUCUUUUUCCCAUGUUCACUGGAGGGGCUUUGUCCGCUCUGGCUGUGUAGGAGAGGGAGGGCUUGUCCCCACCCUCCAGUCUUCCUCACCUUUAGGGUGACACUGCAGUCAUUCAGCCAAAUCUGUCCACUGCCUCUUCUCCUCAGCCAGAGCUGUCCUGGAGUCCCUUUGUCAGCCAUGGGUUCUACUGUCCACACACUGGUACUGAUGCGCUAUGAUUGGUUCAUUUGGCUUGUCUUCCGCUCUUCCCAUGACUUGGUGUCUCCUUUGGUAUCGAUGAGUGUCUUGUGUCCUAAGUCCUUUUGUGCCAGCUGACGGGGACAGGUUGGCCUUAUGAGGGCCAGAGGGCUUGACAGACCUGGAACUGCCCACCUGUGCAUAUCUCUGAGAGCUGAGAGUGCAGGGUAGGAGGAUCGAGGAGGCAGUCGGGGAAGCAGUCAGGGUGGGUAGAAAGGUGCUCGAAUCACCCCUUGGUUUGGGUUGGGUUUGGGUUUUAGAAACAAUGGCAGAAAUCAACACUUAUUGAAUGGCUCUGUCUACCCCCUUGGGUUCAGGCCAUGGCUACACCAGGUUUGAAUAUAAGUAUAUUCAUCUCAGGAAUAGCUCUUUGGGAGACACACUCACUGAUGCCAGGUCUGAGGUCAGACACAGUGCCUACAUGUACCUGUCUAGUUGAGACUCUGUUCUUUCCUCUAGUUCCGGAAUCAGUGGCCUUUAGGUCAUAGGUGAUUCACAGACACAGCUGAAGUGUGUCAGGAAAACAUAUGGGGGUGGGUCCUGGACCUUGGGAUGUGGAACUGUGGGGAUUUCUUCAUUGGACUUGUGCAUUUUGUGAUGCCCUUGAAGUAAACGGGAUCCCUUAGUAAUAACCUUUGGGUGUUUGGAGGCAGUAGCAUGAUACAGUUCUUCAGGCGCUCAGUGGUCCAUUGGUGGGCACCUGAUUGAGGCCACCUUUGUCUCAGCACAGACAGCCCUUGUGCUGGGCCGCCUGCACUGUGAGCUAGACAGCAGAGACCAGCCAGAUGAGGCUAGUGCUGACUUGUUUAGUAUUUGUUUCUUGAACUUGAAUACUAAGCUUCAUCUAAAGAUUUCUCGUGUAUUUCCUUCACUGUCCACUUCCUCUGAGCCCCCUGUGUUGUAUGUGCACUGUAGCCAGUCCCCAGUGGCGUUGGAGCCUGUCUUUGCUGCCUAGAUGCCCAGAAGGAUUAGGUGCACGUGGGACAGGAGGCAGAUUUUAUCACUGCUCUUCUCUGUAACUGAUAGAAAUCCUGCCCUGGGGAGCACCUAAGAGAGGACAUUGGCUUCCACAAGUUCUUUAUGAGCCCUUUGGCCUGACCCUGCAGCCCCCUAGUCUCUGACAAGGAAGCGGUGCUGGUGGUGUCAGCCAGUGUUUUGCUGAGUAUCUCCUCUUUCCUCUUGGUUCUGCGAAAUGAGAAUGUAAGCGAUUCCCCUUCCCCCUGUGCUCUGACUCCUCAGCUAGGAGAGGAGAGCUUGUGAGCCCUCUCAGUAGUACCGCCCAACCCAGUGAUGAUGCUUCGUUCUUGAGGUAGUCUGUUGUGUGCCCUUCCCUGGAUCUUUCAAAACCCCUAUUCCUAAGCCACAAACACAUCUACCCAUCUUGGACGCACUAAGGCUUUGAGGCAGACUGCAGCUGACUUCAGCCCAUGCUCCAGCCCCAGGCAGGGUUUUUUCCUGUCCAUGUUUGAUUGUGGCCAGCUUUCUGGGAAAGACAUAGUGUUCCAGAUACAGUGUACACCGCAUGACAAUGACCUGCCAUUGAGUGGCAGGUGGACUCUAGUUCUUACUUGUCCACCCAGCAUUCAGACAGAGGAAGGCCUUACUAAAGAAAUGAUUGUACCUGAGAGAAGAGAAAGCGGGGUUGGGAGUAUGCAUUAAGAUGUGUGCGGGACGAGGGUGAUUUCCUCUUCAGCUCCGUGCGAGCCUAGAGAUGGGAUGCACGUUAAGGAAGUCACAGUUUAUGUGACUUAGGUUCCCUCCGUCUGUGGUCAUGGUUAGGAACAGGCCUGGUAGCUGUGAAUAAACCCACUUGAGUGACAUUAGCCAGCUUCUCCCUUUUCUUUCACCACCCUUUCCUCAAAGACUUGCCUUCUACUUAGAGCAGAAUCAUUAUCUUGGGGCUGCUAACAGCAUCGGGAACUGUUUUUUGCUGUGUCUCCUCCUCAGGUCUUCACUUCCCAGAGCUUACCCUUGGGGAAUAUGUAUAGCUAAGAACUGAGUAGAUGCCUGCGUUACCUUUACAGCUAUUUCUAGGAAGCGUAGUGGAUGCUCUUGACAUCCUGUGAUUGGGUAGGCAUCAUAAUAACAAUAGCCUGCCUUUGGGCAGCUCAGAACAGGGCUAGCUUUUCCUUCUGACAUUUACAGAAUGACAUCGUUUUCAUUCACAUUCGAUACAUUUGUCUCAAAAACAAAGACAGACAGACAGACUCUGAAUGAUUGAGUCUGGCCCCCAGGCUCUGAGACAGCACAAGUUGGCCCUACUCCCCUGUUCUGCUUUUCUUGCAUUACUUCAGUCCAGUGUCUUGACCCCUCUCAGGUUUCCUUGUAAAACCCUUCACCAUAUCCUUCCCUUGUGAGGGCGUGAUACACUGUGGCUCCUUGCCAACAGCUUCUUCCCUUGCCAGCUGAAUGCUGAAGCCAGCAGUGUGGUUCUCACCACCUUCGCUUCAGGGCGUCUUCCCUUAGCUUUAGCCUUUGGCUUCUGGAAGAGGAGUAAUUUGGGGUUGGCUUAACACGGCAUAGGCUCUUCCACCAGAUUAUGUAUCCCAGGUGACAAUAGCAUCGUUUAUUUUCCAAUUCCCUCCUCCUCUUAACCUGGUCAUCUGGGUGUCCUUACCAUUUGUGUUGUAUUGAGGAGAUGGGAGCUUGGUGGCAGCUUGCUGUCUCUGCUUUUUUAGGCUCAUCCCUAGGGUCAGAUUUGAUAAGAGUCUGAAAUCAAACCAGAUCUGGAAGAAUCUUUGGGAAAGCAGCUCCUAGUCCACGGGACAUCAUGUGCCAAAGUAUGAUGCUCCUCACAAAGCCCCUUGACCCUCAGGCUGUUGCUCAGGAACACAGACAUUGCCGGCUGUGUAGACUUGCCCCUUUCUCCAAACUUUUGCCUCCACCCACCCCCAUGUUGUAGACACUAAUUGCCCCAUGAGAAGGGCCAUUCUUUUUUCGUUUUUUCUUUUGUUUUUGUUUUUAUUUUUGUUUGAGACAGGGUUUCUCUGUAGCUUUGUAGACUGUCCUGGAACUCACUCUGUAGACCAGACUGGCCUUGGACUCACAGAGAUCCACCUGUCUCUGCCUCCCGAGUACUGGGAUUAAAGACGUGUGCCAUUAUUGCCCAGCUGAGAAGGGUCAUUCUUACUUCAUGAAAUUCAUCUCUUCUGUUCUUCUUUCCUCUGCCACACACCACCCCCAUAGCUGGGCCUCCCAUAUGCUAGGCAAAGACCAACCAAUAUCAAGCUUCCUUUUAGCAAAGAAAAGAACAGUGGGCUCUGAAGCCUGGGUGGCUGUGGGUGGGGGUGUAAGUGUCCAUCUGUGGACAUGGAUGCAGAACCCUGACCAUUUGAUCAUGUGUUUCUUUGAUCUUGUGCCUUUGGAUUGGUGUGGGGAAUGGUACGGUGUGACGGUUCAGAAGCACCCAUCUCACUGCCUUUAGAAGGCCUGGGAAGAGAGGCAGGUCCUACUUAUUGGUGAAGUACUGGACUUUGUCUUAAGUACUUGUCCAGACUGGAUUCAGGGGCAGAGGUAAGAGUGGCCCCUCAAGGAGUUGUGGGUGGGAAGAACCUAGCGGCUUAAGCUGUCCAUUUUUAAGUUGCAAAUUUGCCAAUAUCUGGCCCUCAGAAGCCCUCAUGUGAGCUGCGGGUGAUGCUCACUAUCGUAUUAAAAACCCUUCUAACUGUAAAAGCUAGGUUCAGCUAGUCAUGCAUCCUUGGAAACCCAGCUACUCGAGACCGAGGCAGGACACUUGCUUCAGCCUCGGGUGUGAUGCCAGUCUGGGGCAGCACAGCAAGAGCUGGUCUCUUCAGUGUGUGGUGUCAGAGCUCCAAGUCCAGCGUAGAUGGCUCCAUCAUGCAAGAUUGCUUUCCUUGGUGGAGAAAAGUGUGAAUGGACGUAUGAUUGGAGGUCAAAGGCCAACCCUGGCCAUAUGGCUCAAUCAUGUAUCACUUGUCAUUGUCCUCGACUUGACCUGAGAAUGACUUCUUGUCAAGAUACAGUUGUUGUUGGAAACAUUUCCCGAUGGCAAUACAAUAUUUUCCUAGUUCACAAAUUAUAAUAAAAUCUGCACAUAAAAGGAGAAACGCCCUUCUCCUUGGACUCUUCCUGGCAUUGCUGCAUGGAGGUUCAGCAUCUCUGGUACUGAGUUGGAGGACAGGAACCAGGAGCUGGAAUCUUGUUUGGCUAAGGCUAAUUAAUAUGGGUCUAACGAGUCUAACCCAGCCCCAGGUUCCUGCUUGGCUCUGCAGACCAGGAGAGUUUCUUUUACUUUUCAUUGCCUUCUCUGGCCGUUUCUACCCAGGCCUCCUUAAGCUCCUGGGAAGCCAUAGACCGCCUUUUUAGGAUACUGGGUUCUCUUGAGCUUUGCCUUGGUACUGACUGCUCCUUCUUGACUUCUUACUGCCUUGGUCCCUGCAUUCCCUUGAGUCUUGUGUUGGAAAGAGAAGAUCCUGGGGUUGAAGUUGUCUAAGUGGGAGCUCCAUACUGCUCCAGUUUCCUUGUCCCUGGAUUCCCUUCUGAUGGUGCUCACGUUUGAUUGUCAGGUGUGGACGUGACAGCUAGGUGGUGUCUCCAGGUGGAAAUCCCAAUACAAACCGAGCAUUCAGAGACCAGCCUCUCUCUCUGGGACAGGACAGGUGGAAGCCCUGAGAUGUGAAGACCCCAUGGGAGGGAUACGGUGUGCUUUGUAGUCGCUCAAGACCAGGCAGGUUUCAAAAGUUUUGUGUUACCCUCAUUCCUGAACUCCUUCACACCUUGCUACCCGCACAGGCAGCCUUUAGGCUGAGCACUGAUCUCAUCAUGGGUGCUUUUUAUUAAUUUUGGCAUUUUAGAAAAUUCAGUUACAUUGAAGUAUGGUUUAGCCUUUGAUUAUUGAUUUUUUUUUUUUUGCCUUUGGGGUUUGUAUCCAAUACAAGUGCCUCACUCGCCACCUGGGAUGGGCCCUGCCUGCCUCUCCUGGAUCUCCAGAUGGGACUGUGGCAGUUGAUGUAGGCUUUAUGUUUAUUCUCAUUGCUACCCACACAGCACGUUCUGAGUGCAGCCCGCCACCCCCGGGAGCACUUGCAUUCAAAUACAGAGUGAAGCCCCCAGUUCUCAACAUUGGCACUGUAGCUGGAGGUCUUUUCCUUCCUUCAUGUUCUCUGGCUAUCUUUCAGGCUCUUGGAAGCCAUUUUCUGGGUGUCUGUGUAUUCCAGGAGAGGGAAAGUGGUCAUGGAGAGAGAAGCCUGUGAAUUCUUAACUUCAGCGUCCCUGGGAAUUCUAGAAGUGAAUAGACCUCAUUCUUCUAAGAUCUCAGAAGCGAGUGAAUGGGCACUUUUCUGUCGUCAUUGCUCCUCCCCACUGCAUGUUAAUCUCUAUCCCUACCCAGCCAGCCUUCUAAAUAAUACCUUCACAGCCCCACCAGUGCCAGGUUCACGGCCAUUGUUCUCCUGCCCCGUCGUCAUUUCACUCGAGUCAUUUGCUCUACCUCCACUGAAGGCCAUGUCUGCUAUGGCUUUUAUUUUUUUAUUAUUAGUAUUAUUAUUAUUACUUCGGACAGGGUCUCAUGUAGCCCAGACAGGCUUCAAACUUGCUGCAUAGCCCGGGAUGACCUUGUACUUCUGAUCCUUCGGCCUCCACUUCCCAACUGCUGACAGGACAGGCGUAUGCCUUUGUUUGCUCCAGAUCUGGAGUUGAAUGGCGAAUCUUAAGAAAGCAGUAAGUCUUCCACGCGGGCGGCUCUGGACACAUGCACAGACGUUUGUGUCUUCUUGCAGUGUGCCCCACAGUUGGAUGUGUGAACAGACACGGGCUCUUCAUCCUGGAGUCACAGAGCUGGGAAGCAAGUUGCUGAUCUGCUCUGUUUAAGACAGGAUUCUAACCUGUGGGCACAUUUCUAGACCACUGUUGAAAAGCCUUGAGUUGAAAUUCACCCAGCUUGGACCCGUGUAACUUCUGAAAUCACCCUCUUCCUAAGGAAUUGUGUCCCCUGGCUGACCUGUGAUCUCCCCAGAGCUCAGCAAACUUCAUUUUUUGCUGACGGUGGCUCUUUCUUCCUUCACCUUUCUCUCAGUUCUGCGGGGAUUCUGAGCUCACUGGGAUGUCUAGCUCGCCUCUCUCCCAGUACCACCUAAGACUCCGUUUCUCUUUCCUGUUUCCAGUUCAUCGCUUCCCUGGUGUUGCUCCUCAUUGUAACUCCACUUUCCCAGAGCCUGCUCCAGCUCCUGUCCUCUAGGGAUGUGUUGCUGCUGCCCCUUUGUCACCUUAAGCCUUGCUAUCCAGAGAGGUGAACUCACUAACAUCCUGCUCCCCCUGCCCCCAUUCUCCUUUGUCCACAGCCACAACUCCACACACAGAGGUCUGAGACUCUGUCCAAAAUCUCGGGUUCUGGUUUUCUGAAAAAGCUUUCUCAGGGCUUUCUCCCCUUAGAGCCCUUGAGUCUAGAAAGGAAAGUGAAAGUUCUGUUUGUUUUGUCCUCCGGUAUCUUAACUACAAGUCUCCUGUGUCGGUCUUCCCCAACUGUGUACCCAGAGUCCCUCCUUGAGCCCUCAUUUCCUUUGGAAUUUAAAUUAUUGUGUGUUGCCAGAAAUAUUUAAAGAUGGAAAUGUCUUUAAUUUCCUGAAGGAAGCUUAUUAUCAGGUUCUUUCCUUUGGCUUUUUCUUUUCAUUUCUUUCGAGGUACUGUACAUUGCUGACGAGGGAUGCCAAGCAGGCUUGGUUCAGUGGCCAAGCCUUCCACUGUAUUACAGUGUGAUGCUGAUCUCGGCCUGGUCCAACACCAGGGCUCUCAGAGACUUGAAUAAAACUGUCAUAGUGGUUA